AUGUGUCGCAUGUCGACGGGACAAAUCUCGGAUGAGAUCAUUCCUGAAGAGCGAAUUGAUACUAUCUACGAAUUUCUCAAGGAACGUGUCUCUACCCGCCCACUCAUUGGUGUUGUCUGUGGCUUAGGCCUUGGUGGGCUAAGCAAGUGCCUUUCAAACCAAGAAGUGAUCAGUUAUGAGGAUAUUCCACAAUUUCCAUAUUCUACUGUUGAAGGUCACGCAAGUGAGUUGGUCUUUGGAGACACAAACGGCGGUUUGAAUCCGGACUUCAACGUAGGUGAUUUCAUGAUAAUACAUGAUCAUUUGAACAUGCCGGGGUUAUCGGGUCAGCAUCCUCUUAUUGGACCUAAUGACUCUCGCUUGGAACCCGUUUCACGCCACUCUCGAAUUGCUACGACAAGAAGUUACAAGCGUUAG